GGGAAUUUAUCCGCUUAAUAAUAAUAAUAAUGGAUAACUCUCAUAUUAUAGAACGCCUCUUUUUGCAAAAAGUAACUAGAGUUUACCUCGCUGAGAAAUGUUUUUCCAUGUAGAUAUUAAAAUAUGAGUAUUAAAACAGCUGAACGUCGUUGUAAUUACAUUUCUUAAUUAAUCGACUUGUGAAAAGUAGUUCUAUUUCAUAUUCCAAGGUCCCUUGCUCAUUUUUUGUUUCCUCACAGAAGGCAGUGCCCCUCGGCUGUAGAUGGUGCGGGCGGUUGCUAUGGUUUCCAGUACACACUGCCCAUGGAAACUGCAGUGGUUCAGUCCAACAGAAGGUGGGUCUGUGGCACUGGGAAAGGACAGGGAAUAAGUUAGUUUCCCUGAGGUGAGGGUGGAGGAGCCGCUGUGAGAUGAUGCCCGUCCUGAACCACCUGGGCUGCUCUAUGCCCGCCUUUCCCAGCGCCCACGAUGGAGACGUCACGUUGGUGAUUGGUACGUUGGAUGGAGACCCGGUGAAGUUCAAACUCAUGAAGGAAUACGUCUCUAAAGCGCUGUAUAGCCUGGCUAACGGCUUCCCCCCGGCCUCUUUCAGCUUGAUCCACUUCUCCUGCAAGAUCACCAGGUGGUGUGACCGCUCCGUGACUUGUAAUCCAGAGACCGUCGCUCAAGCUAUUUCUUGGGUUCAUUCCUUAGAGAACGAAUCCAACGACCUCCUCACAGAAGCCCUCACUGCAGCCUUUGAGGACACAGCGUGCCAGACUGUGUAUCUGGUGAUCGAUUCUCUCCCAGGCCGAGUGUUACAGGAAAUCUACAGCUUGACGGCUACACACAGAUCAGCCUGCUCAGUCAAUGUGAUUUAUCUGCUGGAGGAACCGUACAGCACUCAGGUGCAAGGAUCCUUCAGGAUGAUUAGUCUGCAUCCCUCACGCCCUUCAGUGCAGGUCACCAACCAUCAAAGCUUACUAAGGCCCCCUUGCUGUAAUCCACCUUGUGCCUCCUCUCUCCCACCUUCUGCUCACUCAGAGGUCCGAAUUCCCCCAAUCAGCUGCAGUUUUACUCCAAAAGAGUUGCCGGGCACAUUUCUAGCAGAGGAAGAUAAUCUGAGCCCUUGCCCUGAAGCUCUCAGCCUUUUAAGAGGAGCCCGAGUCCUGGCACGGAGAGACACAGAUGGCUACUACUACCUGGGACACAUUGCUCACGAGGUGGAGGGCUCAGCGGGUCAUUUCCUAAUUGAAUUUGAGAAGUGCCGAUUGCUGAAAGGCAAAGCCCAGUUUCGAAUGCAGACGACCCCGGUCUGUGACAUCGUCCACUAUGAAGAUGCCCGGUGGAAGCCGUUAGCACCUGGCGACCAUGUCCUGGCUCCUCUGGAAUCCAACAUGGAGCAAUACGGCCCAGGAAUGGUCCUGCAGGGAACAGAGAGCCGCAAUCUCCAUGGUUUAGCCUAUGAGAGCAGUGGGGUUCUAGUCACGUUCUGGAAUGGAAAGACCAAGAGGAUUCCCCCAGGACUUGCAGUUUGGAUCUCGCAACACCUGAGCGAUCGCAUUAUGUUAGAGCUACACAUGCCGCUGGAUAUCCGGAAGAAGUUUGCAGAAUCCGUUCCCGGAUACCCCUUCCUAUCAUUACCAAGCCACAAAGCCUUGAGCCCAGAGACCCACAGUCCUUGCUGUACCUCCGGCUCUCAUUCCUGCAUGUACUGUGGCACCAACCAGGGCUUGUGUAAGAGGUGCUGUGAGCUCGACGAGCAUUGGGCUGCCAUACGCAAGUCUCUGAGCGAGAUCAGCAAAGUGACAAAGGAGAAAACAAACCCAAAGCGUGGAAAGGAGAAACAAGAUGUCCAAUUAAACAUAACCAAUCCUAAGGAAAGGAGAAGUGUCUCUAGAAAGGACACAAGGGAAAUCCAACAGAAGCACAAAGCAGAAUGUUGUAGACCGGUUCUCAAGGAGAAUGGGACACACGUUAAAGACACUCUGCCUAAAAGUGCUCCAGUACAAUCAAAAGGUUCUGCAGAGGACAGCACUUACAUCACAUCCACUUACAAACCUUUAUCCCGCCGGCCUGGGAACAUGACUCUUCUGCAGGAAACUCUGUACAGCAUUAAUAAGGCAAUGAAAGAGGAUCGAUUGGCGCUAGAAGCCGCGAUACGAGAGCGGAGGCCUCGAACUGCUCCAUUAGUACAGAGCCAUGAACUGUACUCACAAAAGACCCAAGAACUGCAAAAGAGAAAGGAAGGUGCUAAAGUGGAUCUUUGGAGGAUGCAAGCAGAGCAGAGAAAGAGAGAGGAGAAGAUCCAGGAGAUGGAGCAGAAGGAGAUGAUGAUGCAGGAAAACAGAAGGUUUCGUUCAGAGCAAAGAAUCCAGCUUGAUGUGGAGAGGAAGCAGGACGAGGUUGGGCUGGAGGCACAGAGAGCAGAAUCUCGCAGGGCGGCAGUUGGAGAGCGGAGCAGGAGGCAGGAAGCAGCGCAGGAGACUGAGCGGAGGAAAGAGGAUCAGAGAGUCCAGUUCUGGACUAAGACUCGACAUGAGAGAGAGGAGUUGGGUCAAGAAAGGACACGCAAAAGCAUCGGGCAGGAGGAGAAUCGACAGCAGCUGCAGAGCAGAAGAGAAGCGCACGAGAGGAAGACGGGAUCCCAUAUCCAGGAACAACACCGACAGCAGCAGCUUCAGGAAGGCUCCAGGAGGAAAGUCUCCAAGAGACUGGAGCAGUUCUACCGCAAAGUGGAGCAGGAAUCUCAGAGGGACCUGGAGAUGCUGAAGCACCUGAAGGAGCACAAUCUCCAGACUCUACGCUCGGCCAUGGUCCAAUAGGAAGGAGGCAGACUGGGAAUGUGACAGCACCCCAAUGUACAGAAUAUGUACCCCUAGAGUUGUCAGCAACUGAUGCAUCGGCCAAAACUGAAAUCAAUCAAGGCCAACGUAAAGGUCUUUUUUUUUUAUAUCAUAAUCUCAAUAUACAGGGCUUUGUUGUUAAAAGGGAUGUUAGCCUUUAAAUGAAGUUUUAGCAUUAAUAAAGUAGCACAGUUUGCAGUU